AUGCGAACCUGCGACCUCCUGCACCGCGCCAGGCCUCCUCUCCCGCCCCCCACAGAGAAGAAUGAGCGUGUUCCUGCGGAUUUGUCAACUGAGGAGGAAGGCCCCAGCUCCAGGGACUCAGAUGGAGAACACUGUCCGCUACGUGAAGGGCAGAGACAGACGGCGGAUGCUGCUGCUUCCACCACCAGCAGCAGCAGAACCACCAGUGCAAGCACCGCUGCUACCAGCACAGCAUUAGUUUCUGCCUCCAGCCAGGCUCGCAGGGCCUCUCAAUUUGCAGCUUUCGUUUCUGGACGGCGUUCUCUGUCUGCGAUGGAAAUGCAGGCUAAAGUCCAGCAGCUGGUGGGCCCUAAACCUGCAUUUCCAGCCUCCCUCAGACCAGCUCUUUCCUCCAGAACACCUGAGGAACCGACAGACGAAGAGCUGGUCCAGGCUGUAGUUGACAUCGAGGGCUCCUCUGGCGUACAGCCUCCUCCUCUCCCGCUCCACACGGCUCCACCUCCUCCGCCUCCUGCAGCCACCUCCUCCACCUCUGUCGCUGCUGUCUCUGCUGUGAUGGGUGAGCCCACGGAUGAGGAACUCCUGGAGGCCAUUCCACAGAACCCCGCCCCUCAGCAGCCUCCAGAGUUCCUCAUCGGGGUUCGUACAGCAGAGGCACCAGAGUCCUCCCAACUCGAGUCAGCCACGCCACCACUGCCAGCUGCACCAAGGCAGCCCGCAGCGAGGGAGGAGCUGCCUGGCCCCGCCUUCCUCCAUCCCCCUCCACCUGCUGGCAGUGCUGAGCUGCUGCCAGAGUCCUGGAGGGCAGCUCUCACUGCAGAGCAGCAGGACUGGAUCGGCCGGGUGCUGUUUACCAGGGACAGCUCGGGGAGGCCUCGGCUCAUCACCAGCGAGCUCAGUCUCUGGUGGUAACCUCCCCAGCCC